AUGUCACUUGGGCCUCUGCGAGUGUCCAACAUAUUCGACUCCGAGUACUCGAGGGUCAAACUCGACCCGGACCCGAUCUGGCCGGACUCGACCCGUACCCGACUACCCGGGUCUGGCCGGACUCGACCCGUGCCCGACUACCCGGGUCUGGCCGGACUCGACCCGAGUCUAGCCGGACUCUACCCGUGCCCGACUACCCGAGUCUGGCCGGACUCAACCCGUGCCCGACUACCCGAGUCUAGCCGGACUCUACCCGAGUCUGGCCGGAUUCGACCCGUGCCCGACUACCCGAGUCUAGCCGGACUCUACCCGAGUCUGGCCGGACACCCGCCGGUUCCUACAAACCGAUUACAUCCGGACUUUGCCGAAAUGGUCCAAAUCGUUACCAGUAUCAAAGAAGUAAAUUCUGGAAUCAUUCGAUUGAAUCUAAAAAAACGUUAUGUGGUGCAAGGAUCCAAUGGAGAGUAUGUUUUGUUGAAUCCAGAUGAACGAAUCAAGCUUGUGAAACAUGUUUUUCAAAUGACACCGAGCGACAAACUCAUCAUAGCUGGAUCGGGUUGUGAGUCGCCACGAGAGACAAUUCUCCUCACAAACAAAAUGGCCGACGCUGGAGCACAGGCUGUCCUCAUUGUGACCCCGCAUUACUACAAAGGUCGCAUGACAAGUGAGGCCCUGACCAAAUAUUACACCAAGGUUGCUGAUGAGAGCAAAGUUCCUGUGAUAUUGUACAGUGUUCCUGCCAACACCAGCAUCGACCUUGACCCUGAGGUCAUAGUCAAACUGUCACAACAUCCAAACAUUGUCGGGGUCAAGGAUAGCGGAGGAGAUAUUUCUAAGAUUGGCAGCUUGGUUCACAGAACAUCAAAAAAUAACUUCCAGGUUUUAUCGGGUUCUGCUAGCUUUCUCCUACCGGCAUAUGUUGUAGGGUGUGUAGGAGGAAUCUGUGCAUUGUCCAAUGUUUUGGGACAGGAGGUGUGUCAACUGGAGAGUCUGUUUAAAAAGGGCAAAAUGGCUGAGGCCAAACUUCUACAGCACAGACUGAUUGCUCCCAACAUGGCGGUGACCAAGCGAUUUGGUGUUGCUGGUUUGAAGAAGUCGAUGGACUGGCUCGGGAUGUACGGUGGCCCGACGAGGUCACCACUUCUGCCAUUGUCGGCAGAAGAAGAGCAGUCACUGCGGAGUGUGUUCCGCGACAACGGCUUUUUGUAAUAAGUGUUAUCAAAGCAUUUUAUAAAAAUACAGCCCAAAUACGAAAACACAUAUUGAUGCAGGGUUCAGCAAAUCUACCAGUUCUUGAUCUGGGCUAGUGGAAACUAUCAACUGUAUUUAAUUACUAUAAUUCAAACAGCACUAACCAAAGCUUCAGUGUGGGCUAGUGACUUUCUCAAUCAUUUGUUCAACACUGAUUGAUGGUGACACAGAAUCAAACAAUUCCGGACAGUUGAUCGUUUGAAAUGGAUAUGUUCAAAUUCUGUAGAAUAGUCUCAACAGAAUUAAUUUAGGGCUGGAUAAUUGUUUUAGGGCGGGAUAAUCAUUUUGGGGAAAUUCUUUAUUAGGGUCUUAAUGUUUUAGCAAAUUUUGAUCAGAGUUGACUUCUAAGUAUUGUUUUAGUAAAAUGUGGCCCGUGAUAAAUGCGAAAAUCUGA